AUGUCUUCCCAGAACGCCCAAAACUAGUUUACAUUGACGAAAAGAUCAUGAUAUUUCGUCGUAUAAAAACUAAAGUUGACGUCCGGCCAAUAUAGUUGACACCUGUGAUCCUAGCCGAGUGUUUUAAAAAAUUAAGAAUGAAUGCUUUAUUAAUUUGCGUCUUGGGAGUGUUGGCUGUUACCGCGGCGUUACCAGCGGACCAUUACACAGAUCGCUUUGACAAUAUCAAUAUUAAUGAUAUCCUGAAUAACCCAAGGCUCCUCAAUGCAUACAUCAAUUGUGUGUUAGAAAAGGGAAAGUGUACCAACGAGGGAAAGGAGCUGAAAUCUCACAUUGGCGAAGCUCUAGCGACAAAUUGUGAGAAGUGCACGGACAAGCAGCGCAAGGGAACUCGUACCGUCAUCGGCCAUCUCAUCAACAACAAACCUCAAGAGUGGGAAUUGUUAACAGCCAAAUACGAUCCCCAAAGAAAAUACUCAACGCAGUAUGAAAAGGAAUUGAGAACUAUCAAGGCUUAGAACAGAUUUUAAGUCAUGUUUUUGUUUUGUAAACCGAUUUACAUUUUUAUUUAUUAUGACUGAAUAAAACUUAAGUUGAA